GCGGACACGGCGCUAUUGUUGCUGUGGGACGACCGAGCAAGGCACACAAACAUGUCGAAUGCGUCAAUGGUGCCUCCUGUGUUCCACUUGGAGUUCCAUUACAAGGAGAUCGACACGAUGCUCGCAGUUGGCUAUGCCAUUGCGACGUUGAUGGGCCUCUGGGCAUUGUGCGCACAUAUGAACGGUGCAUCCUCACGCGAUGUCGCCACGACUGGGUUCUACCUGCUUAUGAGUCUCGCAGCUCUCGUCCGCGGUGCGUGGUUUUCCACCCCGUACAGCAUCCAUGUGUCGGGCUAUGUUCCUCAGCGCUUGCACAUCUUUGACGACGGCUGGACGAUGCUGUUUCUGUCCGAGGUGGCGGAAAUGCUCGGGACGUUCUUCCUCUACUCGAUCUUCAUCCUCAUGGUGGUAUUUUGGGCGGACAUCCUUCGACGGGCAUUUGACCCCCACGCAUACGCCGAGUCGCAUCCAAUGCGCGUAUUCCUGUCGCUCUUCGUGUUUCUCUUUCUGUACGUGUCGACUGGUUUUGUGCUCUUCGUUCUCGAUCGCAUCGACUCGCUCCUCUUGCUCAUGUACAAUGAUAUUGCGAUCUCGUUGUUGUCGACGAUCUGCGCCGUCUUCGUCGGAAUCUACUGCUGUCGCAUGCGCACGGUGCUCAUUGCGUUCUUUGAAGUGAGUCAAAUCGAAACGACGGGGCGAAUUCAAACGGUCACCCGCACGGGGGUGCUCUGCGCCACGUUUCUCGUUGCAAACGCGUGCUUUGCCUCGUACAUGGGCUACCACAUGUACCAGCUCUUGAUGGGAAUCACGGCGGCAUCGCCCUCAAACGACUCCAUGUCGUGGUGGCUUUUCCUCAUGACGAAGCAUUUGGUCGAGAUCUUUCUCCUGUACGCGCUGCUAUUUCUUCUCUGUGGUUCCUCUGGCCCAGACAAUGCCGAGUCCAAAUCCCAAAGCGACAUUCGCCGGCAGUACGACCCCAUUCCAGACGCCCCCGUCUCCCCCACCGACGCCACCCACAUGAUACGCCGGCCAUCCUCGCAGCGCCAGUUUCUCUUGGACCAGUCAGCGCCUAAUGCCGUCACCACCACGUCGCACCAUCUUCCAUGAGUGGUUUCGAAAGGACCCGCGUCGACGCAACUGGUGUCGAAUCUAGAACCGGGUAGGCAUGUAAUAUAGUCAUGAUUUGAAUGGUUUCAUAGUCA